AUGAAUAAUAAUAAUCCUCAGAUAGCCGUGUUAGGUUGUGACAGUAAAAAACCAAAUUUAUAUUAUGAUCCAGAAAAACAGUUAUGGAUUGAACAUUUGACAACAAAAUGUGUAGGAAAUGAAGAUAAUGUUCUCGAAUUUUGCCAAAAGGUCUAUCCAAAUCAUAAUAUUGUCAAUAUUGUUCGUUUGGAUAAUGUUCUUCGAUUCGAAAACUGGUGCGAACUAGCACCGAGAACGAGUGAAAAUUAUAUUCGUCGUUGUAAAAAAGGAACAGAUACUGAAGAAGCUGUUCAGCCAUUUCGUUGUUUGUCUGAUCCGUUUCAAUCCGAUCAAUUAUUAAUUCCGACUGAUUGUCAGUUGCAAACAUUAUAUGAUUCAUCAGCAUGUCUUCAUCAAGAAAAAUGGCAAAGUCAAGCAUCAUUUAACUGUUCAGAGAAAAAACUGAUGUUAAAUUCAUCGUCACUAUUGAAAUGGUGUGGAUUAGCUAAAUUUGUUGGAAUUAAAUUUGUAUGCUGUCCAUUUAAAAAUGAUGAAUUAGAGUCUCCUAACGCGAAAGAUUUGUGGAAUGACGAUAAUUUGCUUGCCGAAGAUGAUGAGAUACGUGAUUUUUCAAACCCGAGAACAACUGAACAAAGUCUGAAAUCGAAUUGGGAUGACAGUAUUAAUUAUAAAGACUAUGAUGAAACUAUUACAAGUACGAAAAAGCCAGCAACAUCAACGAAACCACAACGCCGUCUUUUGGCAACGAACCGAGAACCAGUAUGGGUAUCCGAUUUUCAACUAUUCACAAAUGAAGAAGGAAAUUUUGCUGAUGAUGAAGAUGAUGAUGAAGAUCAAGAGAACGAAAGUAUAAUUAAAUCAAGUUCGUCAAAUCCACCUUCUGAAUUGCCGAAAAAUGAGCAUCAGCGUUUUACAAAUGAAAAAGAAGCAUUUACGAAAAAAUACAAAGAACAGGUUGAUAUGCUCGUAGCUCGAUGGAAACUUCAACAGGCCAUAAUCCAAAAAGUAAUGGCUACUAAUCCCAUCGAAGGGCAAAAACAAUGGGAUGCAACGGAUAAAGAAUUUAAAACUGAGUAUGAAAAAUUGAAACAAAAUGCCAGUGAACAACGUUCACGCAUCAAUGAAGUACAUGAAAAACAAUUGGAUACACUUCUUAGUUAUGAAAUAGACGAAACAUAUAUAAAAUUAACGGCUGCAUGGAAUGAGAAACCGGUUAAAACGGAAAAUGUUCAAAAAGCAUUAUUGAGUUAUUUACAUGCGUUAAUGCGCGAUCGACUACACUUGGUAAACCGUUAUGAACGUUUGAAAGUUGUUGAUCCACCGCAAGGAGCACGAAAACAACCACAAAUUGAGCAACGUUUGAGACUUAUUGCUACACGUAUAAAUGAAACAUUAAACAAUUUGAACCAAUAUCAAAAAUUACGUGAAAAAAUACAAUAUCGAAUUGACACAUUAUUUUCUGAAUAUGCUGAAGUAAAUGAUGCUGCCCAAACGCUGUUAAAAGAAUGGUCCACAAUGACAAAACAAACACAGCGUGUACCCUUUGGACGAGAUGAAGCACGAAUAUAUCCUUCGAAACUAUUAACAACAACAGAAAAGUCAAGAACAAUUACCACAAAAACACGUCAAACAACGACGGAUGAUAGCAUUGAAUCGGAUGAUUAUGGAAUAGGUGACAUGAAUGAAUAUGAUGAAAAAGAAAGCAAUAGUAAUUGGAAACGAAUACAAUCUACAACCAAAACAAGUACUACAACGUCAGAACAAUUUUUCUUCGAGCAGUUUGCUGAUGACAUGCCUAUUAAUGAUAAAGAAUUCUUGUUAGAUACAGAAUCUGGAAAUUAUAUGAAGGCAGUUGUUCAUAAUUUGGGUGACAAUGAUUUUUCCGCAAAACAUCAGAGCAAUCAACUUAUUGUCGACGAGGUUUGUAUUAAUUCUAUAUGCAAUAUUUGA